UCUCUCUCUCUCUCUCUCUCUGGCUUUGAUUGGCAUGUUGAAGGAACGAUCAUGGCCGCUCUCUUCAUUUGAAUGUGAAGCCCUUUCACUGAUCGGGAUUCACUUUCUGCAGCUCAAGCCGAUACCCCGAGCCAUUGAGCUUUGCAGCUCGGGGAUUUGAAGUGCUUCGGGUUCUUGAGGAGAAGUUGUAGGUCGCUGUCGCUCAUCUAUUGGAUUCGAUAUACGAGAUUUCUUUUCUUAUUGUGACAUUCAGUGUUUACAGGCGACUUAAGCUCUGCCGUGGGUUUAGGUUUGGAGUUUCAGGGCGGGUUUGUUGGUAGUGGCUAAGGGUUUUGAUGGCUUCAGUGCCGGCGGAAGAAAGUGGAUCCAAAGGAAGCAUGUGGGAUUUGGAUCAGAAGCUUGAUCAGCCGAUGGAUGAAGAGGCUGGCAGGAUUAGGAAUAUGUACAGUGAGAAGAAAUUCUCUUCAUUGUUGCUUCUAAGGCUCGCAUUUCAGAGCUUAGGGGUGGUAUUUGGAGAUUUGGGCACAUCACCUUUGUAUGUUUUUUACAACACAUUUCCUAAGGGAGUGGACAAUCAUGAAGAUAUUAUUGGAGCUCUUUCUCUUAUUAUUUACUCUAUAAUCCUUAUCCCACUCCUCAAAUAUGUUUUUGUGGUGUUGAGAGCAAAUGACAAUGGUCAAGGAGGUACUUUUGCCCUAUACUCCCUGCUCUGUCGACAUGCAAAAAUUAGGACUAUUCCCAACCAGCAUAGAACCGAUGAAGAGUUAACAACAUAUAGUUGCCAGACAUAUGAUGAGAAUUCAUUCGCAGCAAAGCUCAAGCGCUGGUUAGAGGCUCAUGCUUACAAGAAAAAUGCUGUUCUUAUUCUUGUUCUUGUUGGGACUUCAAUGUCCAUUGGGGAUGGUAUUCUUACUCCGGCUAUUUCAGUUCUCUCUGCAUCUGGUGGAAUCAAGGUGAAUCGCCCUAGCAUAAGUAGUGAUGUGGUUGUACUGGUGGCGGUGGUUAUAUUAGUAGGUUUGUUUAGCGUGCAGCAUUAUGGUACUGACAGAGUUAGCUGGCUCUUUGCUCCCAUUGUUCUCAUCUGGUUCCUGCUAAUAGGAUCCAUAGGUGCGCUCAACUUAUGCAAAUAUGACAGUUCAGUUCUCAAAGCCUUUAAUCCACUUCACAUAGUUAGAUAUUUCAAAGGUGGCCACAAAAAUUUGACUUCCCUGGGAGGGAUUAUGCUUAGCAUUACAGGAACUGAUGUAUUAUUUGCCGACCUGUGCCAUUUUCCGGUCCUUGCUGUACAGAUCGCCUUUACUGUUGUUGUUUUCCCAUGUCUUCUGUUGGCGUACACCGGCCAAGCAGCUUACAUCAUGCAACACCAUGAUCACGUUUUUGAUGCAUUUUAUAGGUCAAUUCCAGUUCCAGAUGGUAUAUACUGGCCAAUGUUUAUAAUUGCGACAGCUGCAGCUAGUAUUGCUAGCCAAGCCACCAUUUCUGCAACCUUUUCAAUAAUCAAGCAGGCAUUUGCUCUUGGUUGCUUCCCUAGGGUCAAGGUUGUCCACACAUCAAAGAAAUUUCUUGGACAGAUAUAUAUUUCAGACAUUAACUGGAUUCUGAUGAUCCUCUGCAUUGCUGUUACUGCUGGGUUCAAAAAUCAGAGCCAGAUUGGCAAUGCUUAUGGAACUGCUGUCGUGAUCGUCUUGCUGGUCACAACCUUGUUAAUGAUUCCUAUAAUGUUAUUGGUAUGGCGAAGCCAUUGGAUACUCAUCGUCCUCUUCACCGUCCUCUCCCUUCUGGUCGAACUCACCUAUUUCUCUGCAGUCCUGUUCAAGGUCAAUGAAGGUGGAUGGGUGCCACUCGCCAUUGCCGCCAUCUUCCUCUUCAUCAUGUAUGUUUGGCAUUACGUUACAGUCAAGCGCUACGAGUUCGAAAUGCACUCCAGAGUCUCCAUAGCUUGGAUUCUAGGUUUAGGCCCCGGUCUCGGCCUCGUUCGGGUUCCAGGCAUCGGCUUCGUCUACACCGAACUUGCGAGCGGAGUACCUCACAUCUUCUCCCACCUCAUCACCAAUCUUCCCGCCAUCCAUUCCAUCGUCGUCUUCGUCUGCGUCAAGUACCUUCCCGUCUACACCGUUCCCAUACAGGAGCGCUUCCUCGUGAAACGAAUCGGCACGAAAAACUUUCAUAUAUUUCGUUGUGUCGCGAGAUACGGAUACAAAGACAUGCUCAGGAAGGAUGAUGAUUUCGAGAAGAUGUUGUUUGACAGCAUCUCCACAUUUGUCCGUCUCGAGGCGAUGAUGGAGCGCGACUCGGAUUCGGAUGAUCAGUGCGCCUUUUCAGCGCAGCAGAAUGCAAAGUCCAUCGAUCUUCUUGAAGCCGAAUAUAUGGAUACCCUAGGCUCCAUCAUCGAGGUGAAGAACACCUCAUCGCUAGAUUCGAUGCCGGUGCAGGGAAGCUCUGCGACAUGGUCGUCGGCUCCCACGAGCCAGAUAACGAAUGAGGAGAUUGAUUUCUUGAAGAGAUGCAAGGAAGCUGGAGUGGUGCAUAUAUUGAGCAACACGAUGGUGAGGGCUCGAAGGGAUUCAAACCUCAUGAAGAAGUUUGCUGUGGAUUAUGUUUAUGCUUUUCUCAGGAGGAUUUGUAGAGAGAACAGCGUGAUGUUUCAUCUUCCCCAUGAGAGCUUGUUGAACGUUGGACAGAUGUUCUAUGUAUGAUAGUUUUGUGUUCUGAUUCUGGUUAGAUUUACUUUUUAGGUGAUUCUGCUGCAUUUCAAAUUAUAGUUUUUUUUGCUUUUUGGAUAGAGAGAAGAUUAAUUGUAGCUUUUCUGUGUUUUGAAUUAUAAAAUUGCACAGUUUAAAUAAGAAUUUUAUUCAGGGCCA